AUGAACCACUCCCUCCACAACCUCUUGGACACGGUCCGAUACGACCCCCACAAGGAUACCCUCUUUCUCGUUGGCGACAUCCUCGCCAAGUCCACCGAGGCCGGGUCUCUCGCCAUCCUCGACUUCUUCGCACAGCAAAAACUUGCAUGCACCAAGCAUCGCCUCGAUGCAGCGGGCCGGUCGACCAGGCACUCCUCAUGCAAGCCCGUCUACGCUGUUCGAGGCAACCACGACCAGAUGAUCGUCCAAUGGCGCGCCUGGCGGGAUUGGUUUGAGCCUCUGCAGCUCGCACCGCCCUCACCUUCGCUGUUCUCGCGCUGUUUCUCCGCUCCCUCCCCAUCAACGGCAUCAUACGAUAUUGGGAAGCCCGUGGGCACAGGGUCUGAGUUCCUCGCCCUCAUCGAGGAUGAAUGGCUUCAGGACCGGACUACCGACCCCACUGGCGCGGGUUCGGACGUGGAAGAGUGGAUUGAGGUCGCUCGGAAACGGGCCCAUGGUACAUGGCGUGCGGACUGGUGGAAGCGCAUUCCGCGGCCUGGCAAGGGACGCACCUCGAAGGACUGGAUCAUGUUCGGCGACCAUUACUGGAUUGCUCGGGACAUGAAGGCGGACCACGCACAGUUCCUCUUCUCUUUGCCGCUCGUCAUCCACGUUCCUUCGGAACACUUCUUCCUCGUGCACGCCGGGCUCCUCCCAUUCGACCCGAGACGCCCGUCCACCGACAAGCACCAGCCCCUCGCUCACCUCCCCAUCUCCGGCGACGAUGACGAAGACUACUCCGACAUGCCCAAAGAGGCUUACGACUAUCCCCUUCUCGACAUCUCCUCCCAGCGCGAUCCCCCACCCGUACGGCUCGACGACGAAACAGAAGAGCUGCGCGUCGUGCAGGAACGCUCCAUUCUCCACGACGUGCCCCAGAACCGCGACCCGUGGACGCUUCUGAACCUGCGUGGCGUCCGGAAGAACGGCAAGGUGACCCGCGAAAGCGACCAGGGCACGCCGUGGGCCAAGAUCUGGAACACGCAGAUGAAGCGCUGCGGCGGCUUCUCAAACGCGUCCGGCGGCGCCGACGCCGGGGCCGCGCUCCGGCGGAAAGGCCGCUCGGGGGACCGCGAUGAGUGGGAAGAGGACGCGGGCGCGGGCCACGACCCGCUGCCGUGCUACCCCUCGACCGCCGUCUACGGACACGCGGCGUCGCGCGACCUCGACGUCCGGCGGUGGACCGUCGGGCUCGACACGGGCUGCCUGUACGGGCGCCGCCUCACCGCGCUCGUCCUCUCGCGAGAAGGAGACGAGGCGCGACGCCCCUUCUCUCCCUUCGACGACGAGCUCUACGACGACGAAGGGCCUGACGGUGACGGCGACGAAGACGGGGCGGACGGCGACGACGAGGACGACUGGAACACGGAGGGCCCCUUCGGCGACGUCAACGCGCGGCACGCCCGCGUGGGCCGCGGUGCCGUCGCGUCCGGGUCACGACGUCCGCCCACGACGUGGACGCGGCGUAUCAAGUUCGGGGACCGCGACGCAGACAUCGGCGCGAAGCUCGUGAGCGUCAAGUGCCCGAAGGUUGCGGACCUCUCGUAG